AUGCUUAGCGGUGGAAAGUUUAUCCUGGCGAGUGCAUCGGCCCGCGUAAUUACGAGCCGGGCCGGUGGGCGAGCACCAAAAAGGUGCUGGAGCCGCGUCGUGCCCAAGUUCAAUCUCGGAGAUAGUGAAUUCGAUGGUCGGGGCGCUUCGGCAGGGACAAGCUUAAACAUCAAGGUUCGAACGCCAAAGGGCAGCGUUCCAAUUGGCCCAACAACUUUUCAUCUCGUGAGGUAUCAAGAUACGACGUACAGCUGUCGACAUCCAAAGGACGUCCAAUACUCGUCUCCUUCACCGAUGGCUGUCUGUGACUACGUAUCCGUAGACCAUCUGGUGAUCAGGUUAUCUUUGAGCACAUUCUCGCUUUCGAUGCAUGUUCCCACAAGUUCGAUUGGCACAGUAUGCAAUUUACCUGUUUCACCUUCACUGCCCGCUCCAGGGUAUCGAUUCAGGGAAAAGGAGAGUAAAGUUGGCAUGCAGCCCGUUGGCUGA